CUGAGGAAGUGGAGAGGUUGGCGGCGAUGCGCUCGGAUUCGCUGGUACCCGGCACACACACACCUCCCAUCCGCCGGCGGAGCAAAUUUGCCACCCUGGGGCGUCUGUUUAAACCCUGGAAGUGGAGGAAGAAGAAGAGUGAGAAGUUCAAGCAGACCUCUGCAGUGUUGGAGAGGAAAAUGUCCACUCGCCAGAGCAGAGAGGAACUCAUCAAGAAAGGAGUGCUGAAGGAGGUUUACGAGAAAGAUGGCACAUCCCCAUCCCCGGCACGUGAGGAGGUGAAUAUGGAGAACGGACGCUCUCCGGUGCUCGGUUCCGGCCUGUCAGAGCCUGAAGGUUUGCUGGAGUUUCAGAUGGCCGGUGACGGUGCAUGUCAACAGGACCACACCCAGAAAUCCAGCCAGGCUCCGCCUACCAAGAAGUCCACUGUGUAUCCGGCUGACGGUGCUGAAUCGACACUCUCCAGACCUCCGACGCUACUCAAACAACCUCCUGCGCUACCACCCAAACCGUUCACCAGGCUACCGAAUCACAUCACAGAUGGUGCCCCAGUGAAGUUGCCAUGUAUGUCGGUGAAGUUAUCUCCUCCUCUACCUCCAAAGAAGCUCAUGAUCUCCGUACCUGCAGGGAGCAUGGAGCCCUCUUCGCUCGCCUUCCAGAAGUGCCCCGCCCCUCCCAGCCAUGCUCCAAUGGGCGGGCACUCCCUGCAGUACGGGACGCUACCUGUUCCUCUCCACCCGCCCAGCCGAAUCAUCGAGGAGCUCAACAAGACCCUGGCCCUAACCAUGCAGAGGUUUGAGAGCUCCAUGAUGCACGCUGUUCCCACGGUGACGAUCGAGUGUGACGACGACAAAGAGAACCUCCCCAACGAGGCGGACUACGAAGACCUGCCGGGGAUGUACAAGGACGAGGAAGAGGAGGAUGACGACGAGGGGGAGGAAGAGGACGAGGAGGAGGAAGAGGAAGAUGAGGAGGAAGAUGAGGACGAUACACUGUUUACAAGCACACUGGCAAUGAAGGUCUUACGAAAGGACUCUCUGGCCAUCAAGCUGAGUAACCGUCCAUCGAAGAGGGAACUGGAGGAGAAAAACAUCCUGCCAUUGCAGUCAGACCAGGAGAGGCUCGAGUCCCGACAACAAACAGCCACCAAACUGACCAGGCGGUUGAGUCAAAGGCCAACAGCAGAGGAGCUGGAGCAGAGGAAUAUCCUCAAACCUCGAAACGAUCUGGAGGAGCAGGAGGAGAAGAGGGAGAUCAAGAGACACUUGUCCAGAAAGCUCAGCCAGAGGCCGACAGUAGAAGAGCUGAGGGAGGCAAAGAUCCUCAUUCGCUUCAGUGACUACGUGGAGGUGGCCGAGGCUCAGGACUACGACAGGCGAGCAGACAAGCCUUGGACUCGGCUAACGGCUGCUGAUAAGGCUGCCAUAAGAAAGGAGUUAAAUGAGUUCAAAAGCACAGAGAUGGAGGUGCAUGAGUCGAGCCGUCAUCUGACCAGGUUUCAUCGGCCAUAAAUUGGCUCAGUCAGACCUCAGCCAUGCUUUUGUACUUCCACAGAAGCCUUGAGUGUUCAGAUUGGGACUCGCCGCCCUCGCACUUCUAACUGCUAUCAUUUCCAGCGUCGACUUCAGACUGACAGACUAGACUCAACACACCGUGAGUUUGAGCUGUCACAGGAAACGGGAGCUAAAACACCUUUCAGAUGGAUUAAACUCUAGGCUGACGUCUCCCCUCAGUGGAGACUUUACAGACUUCUUGAUAUUCAAAAGCUUUUAAUUGUCAUUUUUUUAUGAUGAAGAGGCAGCACUAUGUUUACUUUGCAGCACUUUUGUUUUUGAACAAAGCUUCUGGAAGUCAAACACAGAAUCUGUGUCAAUUUCAAGGAUGGGAAUGGUAGGAUGUGAAAAUGGGACUUUUUUUUUUUACACAUUUUUUUUCUUGCCUUUCACCAUGUUCUCACUCUCCUCUCUCAUCUGGACUUAAUCUUUCCUCGGGGGUGUGCUUGUAUUGGAGUGGUUUUAUUCCACAGAUGACGUCUUAUUGAUAGUUUAUCUUUUUGCCACAGGAAUGAAAAUAUUUGCAACAGCUUAUGCUGUUGUAGGCAGCUGAAUCUUAAGCCAAAAUGUCCUAAAAUCCUAAUCAACGUCCCAAAAUGUCCCUUCAAAGCCAGUGACAGUAAAAAAUUAUGAUCUCCUCAGAUGCGUUCAUGUCAGUCAACUGAGCAAUAAUUUCAGAUUUUCUCCUUAUUUGUCUGUCUGUUGUUUGGCUGCAUUCAUGAGCUCAGACGCUUUUCAGACUCCAAAUCCCCGAUAUAAACCAAAGCAACUUGACAUGCUAUGGAAGUCGUGACCUUGAAUGCAUCCCAGAGUGACUGCUGUUGAGAGUUCAGUAACCCAGUGUCUCACUGUGCCUACAGUACUGUUUACAGGGAUUUAAAAGUUGCCAAAUUUCAUUUAAUAGUACACAAUAUUAUCUGUA